AUGGGUCGGGUGGAUGGUUUAGGAUAUUCCCCGGAUGAACGACUGAUGCCAUACUUAGAGUUAGUUGGAUUCACGUCAACAGCAUUGAUCCAAACGUUUGAUUUACGGUAUGAGUUAAUAUCCGCAUUGGUCGAGCGUUGGCGCCAGGAGACCCACACUUUUCAUUUGUCGUGUGGGGAGUACACUGUUACUUUGGAGGAUGUUGCAUUACAACUUAGGCUCCCAAUCGACGGGAGUGCCAUAACUGGCGUAAGUAUGAUAGCUCAGUCGACUGCCCUUUGUUAUAGCCUACUAGGAGUCUCACCCAAUAAUGCUGAGUCCAAAUUUACGAGUUUGAGAUUUUCAUGGCUGAAAGCCAAUUUUGAAAAUUUAUCAAUUAAUGCCACUGAGCAGGAGAAUGUUCACUCGUAUAGUUUGGGUUUCGCAGUUCUGGCUAUAUUGUAUCGUGAGCUUUGUUGGACGACAAAGCCUAAUGCCAUAGACAUAGGCGGAUGCUUUAUAUUGCUGUAG